AUGGAUCUGGAGGCUGCUGAUCCAGAGGAAGAUGAGUUUUAUAGGCUCAUGCGAGAAAGGCCUUUACCGGCCGAUUAUGGUUCUGACGGGGAGAGCUUCCGAGAGAGUGAUGAAGACGAGGAUGAGUCCCUAGCGCAGCCUCGUCAUGGCAUUCACGGCAAAUUCAAGCGCGAGAAAUCUUCAUCUCCGUCAAAAUAUCUAUUGAAACGUCCUGUUCGGACAGCUUCGCAGGGAACGGUAUAUGUUCUUGACCGCGGCCUUGACCCGAUUACUGGAGUUGAGCGCCCCAAUCGAUGGACUGGGCCUCCUACUUCAUAUCGCAGGAACAUUUCUGAUGCCCUGGAAGCUCAUGAAUCUCUCUCAGCCAAUCGAGCCCGAAACCUUGGGGCUCAUCUUUACAACGCCUUUGCCAUUAAAAACGGAACUCCUGAGACGGUUCAAAAUCCUGGAAAUGGCGAUUUGAAGGGUGAAUUCUACGUAUCUCGACCUUGGACCGCGUGGCCACAACUAGCGUCUCGAGUGCCACGCAUCCAACAGACCCUCAGAGGCUAUCUAGAUGACCCUGAGACAUUUCACAUGCAAUCAGAUCCACGCUCUAGCGCUGAUUUAGAAGAAUCAAUCAUGGCAACCAUGAUGAGAUCUGCGAAAGAAACCUUCAUGUCACGCCAGUGCGACCUUGAGGAAGUGAGGGUUACUCGUGUACGGCGGGGAGAGGAUCCUGACCAGAUGACGGAUACUCAAGAUGAGAAGACCGAUUUCGAUGGGAAAGAACAAACCCAAUCACGACGACCAGUUAUUCUUCAGCCCGUGAUUCAAGCCGAUGAUGAGAAGUCUCGGCGUCAAUUGCGGCCCAUGGCGCGGAAUGUCAUCACAGAACUAGAUCGCCUUUUGAUGGGCCUCCACCAUUCCGUGAAGGGUCGAGUCAAUGAUGACGAAUCUGACAGUGCGCCAGCGAGUGAUUCAGGCGAUUCGGGAGACGACGAGUCUCGAUCUCGGUCUCGACGCAAUUAUGGAUCUAGGAGCCAGUCGCGUGGUCGUCGUCGUAAAAGAAUGCGACAACAGUCUCGUCAAUCGGAUGUAUCCAGCCAGCGCUCCCUUAGCCAACGGCAAUCAACCGGGACUAGUCUUCGAAACCAAAGCAUGCCUAGCGUCUCUCAAUCACGAGGUCGGUCGCGCACUUCCCGCAGCUCUCUGGGCACUGACGACCGUCCCACAAAUCGACACCGACGUGGUUUGCGUGACUGGAGCGAGGUGAUGGGCCUCGCUUCCAUGCUGGGUCUCCCGCCGGCCGCCGUCAUGCGAGCCUCAAAAAGAUGUGCCGAUCUCUUCGGGCAAGAUAUGACCUUCCAGACCCUGCUCGAGGGCCACAUUCAGAGGGUGUCUCCUCUCGAAGGCUCCUUUCACCAAUACGCCUACGUGGAAAGUGAGGGUGAACCCGAGGCAGCAAGCCCACCUCCAUCGACUCGACACAAGGCCAAGGCAUCGCGACAAAAUCCUCGAGCCCGUGGCGCUGACUCUCACCCCUCAAAUGCACUAGGUGCAUCAUCACAGACUGCUGAGUCCUCGCGAGCUCCCCGGGGCAAGGGAGAACAUCGGAAGGCCGAUCUCAUCUGCCCCCUCAAGAGAUGUCCUCGACACUUGGAUGGGUUUUCUCGCCGGUGGAAUCUCAAUUUGCAUCUGAAGCGCGUGCAUCCAUCGUAUACACCUGGGCAGAGCGACCGAUCUAGAUCUCAAAGUAUGGCUAGACCUGGACCAGGUGGUACGGAGGUGAUUGAAAUUGAUUAG